ACAAUGUUUAUCAUGAUCGGAAGCUUAACCUAGUCCUUUAUUUAUCAUAUAAAAACAAUUCAUCGGGAAUAUUUUCUUAGGGUUCUGAUGGAUUUUCAAAAUUGGGAUCCGGGGAAUCGAUGGGUAUCAGGAGACUACGAUCGGAUUGGGCAUCUUUAUUCAUCGGGAAUCAAAGGGAUACGGAAGAUUCAUGGAGAUGCCGAAGGAAAAGAUCAGUUAAAUCUUAAGGAAGGUUUCAAGGGAAAAGGAAAGAUAGGUGGAUUCACAGGAUAUUGGGCGAAGACGAGGGAUAGCUAUUGGAUCUGGUUGAGGGGUUUACGAUUGAGGAGCCCUAUAUCAAAGGAUCUGUAUGGUUCGAAUACCGGGUUACGAUUAUCUAUGAUAAUAUCGUUUCGGAUCUUGGAUUUGGUCAUCGUUAAGACGAAAUUGCGAGAUAGCGAAGGCGAAUAGGGAUCUGGACUGUGAUUGAUGUUGGGACGUUAGUGAGAUUUGAUUGGGAUUUUGGCAGAGGUAACGUGGUUGGAAGUUUUAACUUCAGAAGAUUUGGUUUUACGGAAGUUUUGGACUUGGGUAGUAGUGAUCAAUAUAAAUGGAGGGUCAACUAAUUGGUAAUUCCGGGGACAUGAAAAGCGGUGAGGGCAUCUUAAUUUUUAUGGAUCAAGACCUUCUAGUAGUGAGAUCAAGUCAGCAGGUUAUGGCUUCGGGUAUUGGGGUUUUAACAGUUUUAAUAAGCUCUAUGAGCAUCUGUCUUUCUUCUGGUUUUAAAGUCAUUAUGGGUCUCGGUCUGGUUAUGUUUUUAUGGUUGUUAGCAAUGUUACUUUUCAUGUUUAAGCAAUGGAAUAAUAUUGGUGUUAUGGACUGUUGGUACUGGUAUUCACUUCAGCUGAUAGGUAUCCUUUUAUUAUAUAUUUGCUCAGGCUUCUAUGUUGGGUCUGUAAUGGUAUGGAUAGUACUUGAAAUGUUAUGGUAUCUUGGCUCUGAGUUUAAAAUUGGGGUCUUAUGGUUGGUUGAGGAUUCGGUUAUGGUCUGUGAGAUUUGGCUGUGGUGGGUCUCAUCAAACCUUUCACAGUACAAAAGCUUAUGUAGUUUGUCUUAUUAUGGACAUAAUCAUAAUGUGGGAGACACGGGCAGGUGGAAAAGCGUAUAUGUUUUUUUAAACUCGAAUGAGAAGUGGAUAUGUCUUGGUUUCAUUCGGGUGAAAGGUUUCCUAAGUGGAGACAAAAGUGGAGACGAGUGGCAAAUUGGUUAACUCAUUUGCAUUUGGAAUUUUGGUAUCAGCAGACCCAAGAAUCAGGAAAUGUCUACUUCUGGUGGACCAUUAUUUUGAUAUUGGAUAGGGAAUUUGAACUUGCAUUUGAACUUAAUUUAUUGGCUCAAUGGUUUAAUUUAUUGGCUCAAUGGUUUUUCUUACUUCGUGGGAAAGUAACGAAGUCCAAGGUUAAGACACGGGUAUAUGGGACUAGAUGGAAGUCUGGGAUCAACUGGGUAUCUUUACACCCGUUAUCAAAGGAACAAAUCGAUUUUAUUUCUUAUGAGGAUUCUUAGCUGGAAUUGUAGAGGAGCUGAAAGCAAAUGGACGAUUAGUUAUCUCAUAGAAAUAUGGCACAAACAUAAACCCGAUUUUUUAUUUUUAUCAGAAACCAAACAAGAUUUGACUUAUAUGCAAGGUUUUCAGUCACAUUUCGGUUAUGACAAUUUAGUUGCGGUUGAUCCGAUCGGUACGAGAGGAGGAUUGGCUCUAUAUUAUAAUAAUGAGUAUCAUGUUAAUAUCUUAUACACGAGUAAUCGAAUGAUUGACGUGGAAGCAGUGGCACUUGGGAAGAAUGUAUUCAUGACUUUUGUAUAUGGAGAACCGGUGCAACAUCUGAGGGACCAAGUCUGGGAACAGUUGACUCGGUAUGGUCUGGCAAGAUCAGAUCCAUGGUUUAUUAUAGGAGAUUUAAACGAGAUUACGAGUAAUCAUGAGAAAGAUGGAGGAGCCAUACGGAGUGCGGAAUCAUUCGUUCCUUUCAAUAAUAUGAUCAGAAACUCUGGAUUAUUGGAAUUUCCAGCCAGGGGAAAUCAGUUGUCCUGGCAAGGUAGACGAAACAAAGUAAUUGUAAGAUGUCGUUUGGAUCGUGCAUUAGCAAAUGAAGAUUGGCAUACACUGUUUCCAUAUUCUUAUACAAAAUAUUUAUGGAUGGUGGCGUCAGACCACCGCCCUGUAGUGGCUUAUCUGGAAAAUAAAGUAAUAAGACGAAAGGGACAGUUUCUGUUUGACAAAAGAUGGAUUGGUCAGGAUGGUUUUUGGAAUCAAUUGGUCGAGGUUGGAGUAAACCGUUAAGGGAAAACUCGGGAGUUUUUGUAUCAAAGAUAGUUAAUUGUCGUCAUGAGAUAUCUACAUGGAGACAGAACAACCCACCUUUUGGAAAAGAGAGGAUUAAUGAGCUUCAAAAAGCGUUGGACGAAGUGCAAACUGAUAAUACCAGGACUCAGGAACACAUUUUGGAAGUAUUUAGGAAAUUACAAGAAGCGUAUAAAGAUGAGGAAGUGUUUUGGCACCAGAAGAGCAGGAAUAUGUGGCAUACAUCAGGGGAUCUCAAUACAAAAUUCUAUCAUGCCCUUACUAAACAAAGACGGGCUCGUAAUAGACUUGUGGGACUCUAUGACACUGAUGGAAAUUGGAUAAUUGAGGAACAAGGUGUAGAAAAGGUCGCAGUGGAGUAUUUUGAUGAUUUGUUUCAGACAACUGCUCCCUCAGAAUUUAACUGUUUUUUGGAGGAGGUUAGUCCUUCCAUAACCCCGCAGAUGAACCAGUGGUUAAUCAGGCCAGCCACUGAGGAGGAAAUAAGACAGACUCUGUUUAUGAUGCAUCCAGAGAAAGCUCCUGGUCAAGAUGGAAUGACGGCUCUUUUCUUCCAGCAUUCUUGGCAUAUAAUAAAGAAGGACCUUCUGGAUAUGGUUAAUAUUUUUUUGAUUUUGGGAAAUCUGGACACCAGGUUAAACCUUAUGAAUAUUUGUUUGAUUCCAAAAAAGGAAAGGCCCACAAGGAUGACAGAACUCAGACCUAUCAGCUUAUGUAAUGUAGGAUACAAAAUUAUAUCUAAGGUAUUAUGUCAGAGAUUGAAGGUGUGUCUUCCCUUACUUAUUUCGGAAACACAAUCGACUUUUGUGCCGGGGCGUUUGAUUUCGGAUAAUAUCCUUAUCGCUCAGGAAAUGUUUCAUGGUUUGAGGACUAACAAAUCGUGUCAAGAUAAAUUCAUGGCCAUAAAAACAGACAUGAAUAAAGCUUAUGAUAGAGUUGAAUGGAUCUUUAUCCAGCAGCUACUAACUAAGAUGGGAUUUAAUCAUCACUCGAUUAAAUUGAUGAUGGAAUGUAUCUCAUCGGUCCAGUAUAGAGUUUUACUGAAUGGGCAACCAAAGGGUCACAUAAUUCCGUAGCGGGGUCUACGUCAGGGGGAUCCUUUAUCUCCUUAUCUGUUUAUUAUGUGUACGGAAGCAUUGAUAGUGAAUAUUAAAAAGGCAGAGAGGGAGAAACUCUCGACGGGUAUCAAGGUUGCAAGGGCUUGUCCUCCAAUCUCCCAUUUACUCUUUGCGGAUGAUAGUCUUUUCUUCUGCAAAGCAAAAAGCGAGGAAUGUCAGAUUAUUCUCAGGAUACUUAAGGAAUACGAAGUGGUAUCAGGACAGCAGAUAAACUUUGAGAAAUCUUCGAUCCAAUUUGGACACAAGAUUGAUGAACCAAUGAGACAGGAAUUGCGGGACAUUCUCGGAAUAUAAAAUUUAGGUGGGAUGGGAUCAUAUUUGGGGAUACCUGAGAGUUUGGGAGGCCCAAAGAUCCAAGUUUUUGGUUUCGUACAAGAGCGUUUAAAUAAUAGAGUGAAUGGAUGGACUUUCAAGUUCUUCACAA